AUGACGCUCGUUCAAUUGGGCCUCUGUGCAGGCUCGAUCUAUACCACCUUCUUAAUAUGGGGUCUUUUGCAAGAACGAUUGACCAAAACGCCAUAUACAACACCAGCCAGCUUUCUCCACCCUAACCCGCAGCCAGAGUACUUCCGCUCUCCGCUAUUCUUGAAUACGAUCCAAGCGCUCUUCUCUUGCAUCGUAGCAUGCGUCUAUCUGUUGCUGCGGAAUAGGGGGAGCAGCAAGCCGGUUGCUCAGAUUUUAGGUUUGCAUACCCUCACACCCAACGCAAUCCCCCAGCAAACGACUGCCAAGGCAGAGAAGAACGGCUUCACUCCAGCCUCCAACGACACUGGCGCUCCUGCUGGCUCAGGAUGGAUCUCACCCCUCCUCAAACGCUACGUUCUAAUCGCAGCCCUUCAAUCCACCGCCUCUCAACUCGGCUUUCUCUCCCUUCGCUACAUCUCUUACCCAACCCUCACGAUCGCCAAAUCGUGCAAACUCGUCCCGGUCCUCAUCAUCAACGUUCUUCUCUACCGACGCAAGUUCGCCCCUUACAAAUAUGCCGUCGUUGUACUGGUAACCCUCGGUAUCUACCUCUUUAUGGCUUUCGCUCCCCCUAGACCCGGCAAGAAGUCGAAAGGCCCAGAAUCAAGCUCGCUCCUCGGCCUCCUCCUCUGCUUCCUCAACCUUGUGUUGGAUGGAGCAACCAACAGCACUCAAGAUCAAGUAUUUUCAAAGUUCGGCAGGAAAACGGUCGGCGCAGGACAGAUGAUGCUGGUUAUGAACAUGAUUUCUUUCCUCCUUAUGUCCUUUACCCUCUCCAUCCCCCUCCCUUUUCUCUCGACUCCAGGGCAACCGACUCAGUUGGUAAGAGCUUUAGAGUUCACAGAGAAGCACCCGGAAGUAUGGCGAGAUAUCAUCGCAUACGCACUAGCUGGCGCAGUGGGGCAAGUGUCGAUCUUUGAGACGUUGCAAAGGUUCGGAAGCUUGACGCUGGUCUCGAUUACGGUUACGAGAAAGUUGUUUACUAUGUUACUCAGUGUGGUCGUGUAUAAGCAUGAGUUGAGUAGGGCGCAGUGGCUGGGGGUUGUUGUCGUGUUUGCCGGCAUUGCUAUUGAGGCUAGGGAGAAGAGGAGGGAGGGGUUGGCCAAGAACAAGGGGGCGCUUGGUAAAGAUGCUUAG